ACACCUCACCACCAUUAAAUGCCAUUGCACCCUCUCAAUGCGCUCUGCAAUAACUCUUCGCUGCCACAAUUUUCUCCAUCUGUUCCCUCUUUCUCCUUCCUCCAUUGAUUCUUCAUCUUCUCCUCUUCCUCCUCCAUCGUCCUUUUCCUCUUCUCCUCUUUAUCUUAACACCCUUCACCUACUCCUUACCAUAAAAGCUCAAACCAAAACCGUCCGAUAUACCUCCUUUUCCAUACCCACUACUGGUUCACCGGUCAUGAAGGCCAACAUAUAGUUGGAUUCCCCGUCUCAGUAUAUCAUAUAUCAGAACGUAAGAAACCAGAUAUUCUUGCUUGGUUUCUACAUAUUAAGAGAGAGUACUGAGGAAACUGCAUAUAUGCAAUAGGGUUUUCUAGGGUUGUGAAAUAUGCCAGCCGGACUAAUGAUUCCGGCUACAGACAUGUCGUCGUCAACCAUGAUCAACGGGAAUGGGUUCGGAUCUUCUUCAGCACUCACCCUUGGCCAGCAGCCUAACAACAUGAUGGAAGGUCAUCUUUCCGAGAGCGAAAUGGCUCGGUUGAGGGAAGAUGAAUUUGACAGCAUUACCAAAUCUGGCAGUGAAAACCAGGAGGGCGGUGCCUCCGGGGAGGAUCAAGAGCCCCGCCCCAAAAAGAAACGCUACCACCGCCACACCCAGCACCAGAUCCAAGAAAUGGAAGCUUUCUUCAAAGAGUGUCCGCAUCCUGACGACAAGCAAAGGAAAGAGCUCAGCCGGGAAUUAGGGUUGGAACCUCUGCAAGUCAAAUUCUGGUUCCAAAACAAGCGGACACAGAUGAAGAACCAGCAUGAGCGGCAAGAGAACUCGCAGCUUCGUGCGGAGAAUGAAAAGCUGCGGGCGGAUAAUAUGAGGUACAGGGAAGCUCUUAACAAUGCUUCCUGUCCGAAUUGUGGUGGUCCGACUGCCAUUGGAGAGAUGUCUUUUGAUGAACAUCAUUUAAGACUCGAAAAUGCUAGACUUAGAGAAGAGAUUGAUCGUAUAUCAACAAUAGCUGCGAAGUAUGUUGGCAAGCCGGUUAUGAAUUACCCUCUGCUUUCUUCUCCAGUGGCACCGCGUCCAAUUGAACUUGGAGUGAGCAGUUUUGGUGGCCAACAAGGCAUUACAGGAGGGGAGAUGUAUGGCGCUGGAGAUCUUCUAAGGUCUAUAAGUGGACCAACGGAAGCUGACAAGCCGAUGAUAAUCGAACUUGCCGUGGCCGCCAUGGAGGAGCUGGUGAGAAUGGCUCAGAUGGGUGAGCCCUUAUGGAUGACUAGUCUUGAUGGCUCAACGUCCAUGCUCAAUGAGGACGAGUACAUCAGGACUUUUCCUAGAGGAAUUGGGCCAAAACCUAGUGGAUUCAAAUGUGAAGCUUCAAGAGAAACUGCAGUUGUAAUCAUGAACCACAUUAACCUUGUGGAAAUUCUCAUGGACGUGAAUCAAUGGUCUACUGUUUUCACCGGGAUUGUUUCAAGAGCUAUGACUUUAGAAGUGCUAUCAACAGGAGUUGCAGGGAAUUACAAUGGAGCAUUACAAGUGAUGACAGCUGAACUUCAAGUCCCAUCACCGCUUGUUCCAACUCGUGAGAGUUACUUUGUGAGAUAUUGCAAACAGCAUUCAGAUGGAACUUGGGCAGUGGUUGAUGUUUCCUUAGACAAUUUACGCCCUAGUCCCACUAUUAGGAGCCGGAGAAGGCCAUCUGGAUGUUUGAUUCAAGAAAUGCCCAAUGGAUACUCUAAGGUUACAUGGGUUGAGCAUGUAGAAGUGGAUGAUAGAGGCGUUCACAAUCUUUACAAGCAGCUGGUUAGUUCUGGCCAUGCUUUUGGAGCUAAACGUUGGGUUGCUACCUUAGAUAGACAGUGCGAGAGGCUUGCAAGUGUCAUGGCAACCAACAUUCCUACCGGUGAUAUUGGUGUCAUAACAAAUCAAGAUGGGAGAAAGAGUAUGCUGAAGCUGGCAGAACGAAUGGUGAUAAGUUUCUGCGCUGGAGUAAGUGCCUCUACAGCACAUACAUGGACUACCUUGUCAGGAACUGGUGCUGAUGAUGUAAGGGUCAUGACUAGAAAGAGCGUGGAUGAUCCAGGCAGACCUCCUGGCAUUGUGCUAAGUGCUGCGACUUCCUUUUGGCUUCCUGUUUCACCUAAGAGGGUUUUUGAUUUCCUCCGCGAUGAGAAUUCCCGAAGUGAGUGGGAUAUUCUUUCUAAUGGUGGAGUUGUACAAGAAAUGGCUCACAUAGCCAAUGGUCGCGACACAGGCAAUUGUGUUUCUCUUCUUCGUGUAAAUAGUGCAAAUUCAAGCCAGAGCAACAUGCUGAUCCUUCAAGAGAGUUGCACAGACCCAACAGCCUCAUUUGUGAUAUAUGCUCCCGUUGACAUUGUUGCAAUGAACGUUGUACUAAAUGGAGGUGACCCUGACUAUGUGGCCCUCCUCCCCUCCGGCUUUGCUAUUCUCCCAGAUGGAACCAAUGCAGCACUUGCUGCUGGCAUAGGUGAUACUGCUUCCUCUGGUGGAUCCCUUCUAACCGUUGCAUUUCAGAUUUUGGUUGACUCGGCGCCGACUGCAAAACUCUCUCUUGGAUCUGUAGCCACUGUUAACAAUUUAAUAGCAUGCACGGUUGAAAGGAUUAAGGCUUCUCUUUCGUGUGAAAAUACAUGUACUCCGCAACUUUAAUUUGUAGCUAGCAAGAUUAGUGAAGCUAAGGCGGUGAUGAAGAAUUUUGGAGUAUAAAAGAAGAAAAUGGGGGAGAAGUCAAGAGCGCACCUUGCAAGAUGCUCUUGAGCAUUUCACAAGAGUGCAAGAGUUAGGGUUCGGGCAUUGACUUCCCCAAAACAGAAGCAAAGCAAAGAUGAUGUAAUAGAGAGACCUUAUUAAUUUCUAAAUAGGGUACUUUUUCUGCAGGUUUAACCUCCUUAACUACUUUAAUUAAGGUUAAUUAGGGAUUUGUCAAUUGUGGAGUUGAUUUUAGUGCCUUGUUUGUGUCUUUUCAAACAUUUUGUGCAAGCUCACAAGAUGUAGUUGCAAUGCCUAAGACACUGAUUUCUUUUCUGUAGCCGUUUUUAGAAUUUUGCUUUUGUUUUCGUUCAUUAAUUUUCCGUUUUUCCUUUUCUACAGCUAGUCCUAUGCCCUACCCUAUAGAUACUUUGAUUUUAUUGCAUAGUUAAGGCCACACUGGAAAGUGUUAGCCACGUAAAUAUUGUGAUUUUUUUUUAUAAAUAGUUAUGCAUUUG